AAUGGUUAUUACUCUCUCAACUUCUCUCGUCAAAUUUCAGUCUCUGACGCAAUUCAUUCUUCUUCCACUAUCGCCAUCCUCCUCUCCAACUGCACUGCCUUUCAGUAACUAUCAGAACCUUGCUUCUUUGUCAUCUGCAAACCCAAAUCGCGCACACCCGUUGUCGUUCCACACAAAAGCAUCCCAUCGGUAUUACUCUGGAGACUUUGUCAAAAACGGCGACGAUGCCGUUGAUUGCGGCAGCUUCGAGGAAGCCGUUGGUCUGUUCAACGGCAGGGAUUACUACAGAUGCCACGACUACCUAGAAGCCCUCUGGAACAAAUCCCAAGAGCCCACACGUACCCUCAUUCAUGGGAUUCUACAAUGCGCCGUGGGUUUCCAUCACCUCUUCAACCAGAACCAUAGAGGAGCCAUGAUGGAAUUGGGAGAGGGACUCUGUAAGCUGCGGAAGAUGAACUUCGAGACCGGACCAUUUCACCAGUUUGAGAAAGAUAUUUCUGCGGUUCUGGAUUUCAUCUAUCAGACUCAGUUAGAGCUCGCUGCCUGUGAGUUUAUAUGCCAAAUAUAUUUGUUGUUUAAUCCUUUUUUCUGAAAUUGCUUUGUUUUUAUGUCACGUGGCUUUAUCUGGAUAUGAAUCCUCUCAGUUUCAAAAAUUUUCAGUCUGAGCCGUGUGGAAUAUUUCAUCACUAGGCUCGAAUUAACGUAAGUGGAAUCCCUCUAAACCCACUAGUAGGAACCAAUUAAUUUGACGGUGAGUGAUCCAAUUUAUCAAAGUUGACAAAAUUUGAAAUCAAGAGAGUUCUGCUUGAUUCUGCAAAGUCAUGAGCUUCGUUUGGUUCAUGAAUUCAAUUAAGAAAGGCUAAUUAAAGUGGAAAAGAAAUUAUUAUUUUUUGUUUGGUUGACAUGGAAAAUGUCAAGAGAGCUAUUACACAUCUAAACGAUUAAGUGGUCACAAGAUUGGCUGAUGUACUUGAAAUGUCACUCCACCGAUUGCCUUGGUUGGUUAGGAGGCCAAGUAUCUCACCCAGUUGAAUUUUCAUUUAUGUUUAGCUAUCUAUUUUUAUUCGGCUUCAGUUUGUCUGUCUAUUUCAGUUUGGUUUAUUUGCAUGUGUACAAGUUCAGGUGAGGCAGGGUUUGAAGAGAGCUAUCCCACAAUAAAAAUAAAUAGAAUAAUGUUUGGAUUGUAUUCUUGAAGAACCACUCCACCCAUUGCCAAUUAGUUUUGGGUUUGGAUGCUCUAACAAAAAAUAAGGGGGGAAAAGAUAUACAAUAUAUUGUUUGACAAAAAUUUUGAAUUUUUUUUUUUGUGAUGCUUUAUUAUUGAAUUUUUCAUUUUUUAAACUUUUGAUUUUGUAUAUCGAGUAGAGAGGUAGUACCAUGGGAUUUGUCUUUCCCUAUUAUCAAUAUUUGUUGAUAGAGUUCAUGGUCCAAAAUGCAAGUGUUUGUCAAUUUUGGUCAUUACUUGAGAAAGGUUGGUUGAAUUAAGCGAUUUAUGUUUCCCAUACCUCCACAUCCAUUAUAACCAAUUGAGUGACUUCAUUGAUUCUUAUUUUGAUAGCAGUUGUUAAUGCAUAUAUUAUCUGAUUAUCAGCAAUAACAACUUUACCACAAAGCCUACCCCUCACUUUUAGGGUUAUUAAUUCGGAUUAAGUCUCUAGAGCUUGACUUGAUUCUAGCUUGAUCAGGCUCGUCUUCGUAUUAAAAAAUGAACCAUGUGUUAUCGUACAAUUAAGAUGCUUUAUUUUUAGAGCAAUUUUAUUUGGACCUAAAAAUUUGAUCUUAGUUACCAAUCCGAUCUAUUAUGAAAUUUGGCUUGAUUGUGGAUUUCAUCAAACAUCGGAACUUGCUCUUCAUCUAAUGGUUUCAAUAAAAUUAUAUCAAUAGGUUAGUAAAUGACGUCAUAUUUUUAGGUCCAAAUAGCAUUACUCUUAUAUUCAAGCUGACCGCGAGUAAUUUGUAAUCGACUUGAUAGUAGGGUUCCAAGUAUCGGCCAAGUCCAAUACAACUUGGUCACUUCCGAUUUGAUACUGAUACACGAUACAUAAUUCUUGUGAGGUACACUAGAAUCGACACUAACUUGGUAAUGACUCGAAUGUAUCUGUUCAACUUGGAGUUAACUUGGUUGACUCAAACCAUUCAUAUCGGAAUCGGUCCGAGAUGGUGAAAUCUUGUGCUAAAUCUCCAAGUUUUCAAUCAAACAACAAAAACCAAAAAGCGAAAAGAAAGGAAGAAGUGCUAAGACCCACAGUUGUAAAAACUAUUAGCCCCUUGCAACUAUAUAGAUCGCUAACAUAUUUGUAGAAUCAAACCCAAAAAGUCCCUGCAUAAUCAAAUACGGGGGAGUUCUUCCUCCUCCUUUCGCAAAGCAGUCGCACAACUGGCAACAUCCAACCCAGCCUCAUCUUUCUUCUUCCUAGUGACCAAUGGUUCCUAUUCCCCUCAGGUUGUGAGUUUUUUGUCUCUUUGAAGUUUUCUACAUGCAUGUGUGUGGAGAAGACGAAAGGGACAAAGCAUCCAAAAGAAGCAAUCGUAGUCAAAAGUAUUUUUUGCAUCGGUGCACAUGCCCAAAGAUAAACUAUCACUAAAGACAUUGACUUUUUUUGGGCUCUGUUACUACUAUUCAUUUUUAGCUUUUGAGUAAAUUUUUUUGUGUCUUUUGGGUAAAUUUUCUUUUUUAUAUAUCAAAUAUAUUU